AUGUCUUCAGAGUCAGCAUCGGACACCGACGCUGGCAGGAGAGGCCUCAAGAAGCCGUGUUCAUUCAGCAUUGAGGACAUCCUCUCCAGCCCAGCAGAGAAAAGCCCCCAGGUCCUGGUCCCACUCUGCCUGCGGGGCAUCUUGGACUGCGCACCCAAGGGGCUGUGUGAACUGGAGGCCAUCCCAGCCAGCUCCCUGCAGGAAGAAGAGGAGGAGGAGGAGGAAGAGCUGGAAGGGGCAGGCUGCAACUGCUGCUGCUGUUCUCACACCAGCACCCGUUCCCGGCAGGACUUGCCGAGUUGGCUGGACACCCGGUUCCCCUGGCCUGUGCAGCUCUUCCACUCGGCAGUCAGGGUCUGCAAGAGUCCCCAGGGGAGCCCGAGCAAGCUGCAGACUUUCCACCAGAUCCAGCGCCGGACACGCCGGCAUCGCACCAUAUUCACCGAGGAUCAGCUGCAGGCCCUGGAGACACUUUUCCAUCAGAACCAGUACCCAGAUGUCAUCACCCGCGAGCACCUGGCAAACCGCAUUCACUUGAAGGAGGAGAGGGUAGAGGUGAGAUCCCACCGCUCGGGGAGGGGCUGUUUGCUCCAACCCACUGUGAACACAGACCAGGGCAUUGUACUGUUGUUUUUGGGGCUGCAGACCCAGGGGCUCAUUUUGAAGACCAUUCUUGGGUAUUCGACAAAACACAGUUCAGGCGUGCCCAGUUCUGCCCAUCCCCUGCACCCGACUGUUUGGUUUAAAAAUCGGCGGGCCAAGUGGCGGCAUCAGAAGAGGGCGUCUGCUUCAGCGCUGAUCCUUCAAGGCACCAAGAAGCUCUCUGAGGAGAGCUGUUAG